CGUAGCUACGACGAUUCAUUUAUUCCUGGACGUUGACGUCGGAAAAGGCCCCAGUAAGUCCAUCCCGAUCUGCUGGAACGGUCGGCGAGGUGGCUCGAUCGGCUGUUGAAGUCCGGCUGGCCUUGUCGGCGGUGUUUUGCGUCGCUGACAGUCUCGGCAUGUCCUUACGUAAUGGGCGACGUCGGUAGGGAGGCGAGGCCAGUAGUAUUUUUCUUGUAUCCUCGCGAGCGUGCGGGAAAAACCGAGGUGUCCAGCCGUUGGGUCGUCAUGGAGAGCUUGCAGAACCUCUGGACGCAAUGCUGAGGGUACCACGAGGAGGUAGUUGGCUCGGAGGGGCGAGAAGUUCUUCUUUAGGAGAAUGUCGUUUUGCAAGAAAAACCACGCCAAUCCUCGCCUGAACACCUUCGGCACAAUGACGGUCUUGCCUUCCAGGUAGUCUACAAGGCUCCUUAGUUCGGGGUCGGCUCGCUGUUGUUCGGCGAAUUCGUCGGCACUGAUGGGUCCCAAGAAAGUGUCGUCAUCCUGCUCGUCUUGUGGCGGCGGUUCUACGGGGGCGCGAGACAAGCAGUCGGCGUCUGAGUGAUUUCGCCCGGACUUGUAAACUACGGUGAUGUCGAAUGCUUGAAGUCUAACCGCCGUAUUCACAAACCAACCUAACCCUUAUCUUUAGCGUUCCUUACCUUAUCGGCUCCUUACCGCGUUUCAAAAACAGACCUUACACUUAGCGGCUCCCUUUAGCCCAACUUUAAGGUCACGAAGAGGGCGCCUCCUUAAGGCAGCAUCUGAGGUAGCUUAACGGCUCCUUAUCCAAUCCAACAUGGCGGCGUGCUACGACGACAGCUUCAGCGAGUUCGUCGAUUUUGUAAACCGUGCAAAAGAAAUGGACAACGAAUCGUAUAGUUUUGUGCGGCCGUUGCAGCGGAACCUUAGGGAUCGCCAGAAUCCCAUGGAGUUUUACAGUGACCAGGAGUUUUUAGCCAGGUACCGCUUCUCAAAAGCUACUGUGCUCGAACUACUGACCAUGUUGCCGCUGCAUCAGAACACGGACGGACGUGGUUGCCCUGUGCCACCGCUGUUGCAACUGCUGGUGACACUUCGUUUCUACGGCGCGGGAACUUUUCAGAUUGUCUCAGGCGACCUAGUUAAUGUGUCGCAGCCAACCGUUUCCCGUGUUGUCACACGGGUGUCGAAAAUGAUUGCCGCAACGCUGUUCCCUGCGCUUGUGAAGUUCCCCGACGCGGGGAAAAUGCAUGACGUCAUGCACCAAUUCUACAUCAAGGCAAAGUUUCCGAGGGUGACUGGUUGCAUUGAUUGCACCCACGUGCGUAUCAAAAGUCCAGGCGGAGACGACGCCGAGGUAUUCCGCAACAGGAAAGGAUAUUUCUCCUUCAAUGUGCAGGCAAUCACAGGACCUGAACUCCAAUUUUUUGAUUUAGUUGCAAGCUGGCCGGGUUCUGCACAUGACAGCAGGAUUUUUGACAACAGCAAUGCAAGAGUACGUUAUGAGGAAGGGGAUGUACCUGGCGUACUCCUCGGCGACAUGGGGUAUGCUUGCCGGCCAUACCUUAUGACGCCGCUAAAAGAUCCUGGAGGCAAAGACAGCCCGGAGUACAGGUAUAACAAGUCCCAAAUCCGGACCAGGAACACCGUCGAAAGGGCUUUCGGCAUCUGGAAAAGAUUUCCAUGUCUUGAUAUGAAGCUACAAAUAGAAACAACAACUUCUGUCAUUGUCAUCACGGCAUGUGCAGCUCUGCACAACUUUGGCCGGAACCGUCCAAGUGAUGAACUGCCACCCGACACAUGCAAUGAUCAGCAGCCCUCCCCAGCUUUACAACCCCAAGGACCACAGCCCGUUGACUCGGCGAGUGGCUUCAGAACUCGAGCACGCAUUAUUCAGCAAUAUUUUUCCUAA